AUGACGCAACAGGCACCCAUGAUUUCGGUGCCUCUCAAGGCCACCAACGAGAUUGACUGGAUCACGCCGCUCAAGUCCUACAUUCAGAACACAUACGGCGACGAUCCCGAGCGGUAUGCCGAAGAGUGUGCUACCCUGAACCGCCUCCGUCAGGACAUGCGGGGGGCUGGCAAGGAUAGCACUGCCGGCCGGGAUCUCUUGUACCGAUACUACGGCCAGCUCGAACUGCUAGACCUGCGCUUCCCCGUCGAUGAGCAGCACAUCAGGGUUUCUUUUACAUGGUUCGACGCCUUCACACACAAAGCUACUUCCCAGUACUCGCUAGCUUUUGAGAAAGCCUCCAUCAUAUUCAAUAUCUCGGCCGUGCUCUCGUGUCAUGCUGCGAACCAAACAAGAAGCCAAGAUACAGGUCUCAAAACGGCUUACCACUCGUUCCAGGCCUCGGCCGGCAUGUUCACCUACAUAAACGAGAACUUUCUCCACGCUCCUUCGUCCGACCUAAGCAGGGACACGGUGAAGACGCUCAUUAAUAUCAUGCUUGCUCAAGCGCAGGAGGUUUUCCUAGAGAAGCAGAUUGCCGACCAGAAGAAGAUUGGUCUGCUUGCGAAGCUAUCCAGCCAAGCAGCCACACUGUACGGGCAGGCGCUAGAAGGAGUGCAAGAGAAUGUCAACAAGGCCAUCUUUGAGAAGGUCUGGUUGCUGAUGGUGCAGUCCAAGUUCAACUUCAUGAACUCCAUGGCCCAGUACUACCAGGCGCUUGCCGACGAUGACGCCAACUCACACGGUAUGGCCAUCGCCCGUCUUCAGGUGGCUGAGGGUUUUGCGCGAGAGGCCAACAAGAUCGCCAACAAUUUCCCGAGCUCCAUACCCCCCAGCUCGAAUCUUACUGCCGAUUGCGGAAUUAUCUUGGCCGACAUUACGAAACGACAGCUUGUAUCGGUUCAGCAGAAGCUGAAGGAGCUGACCAAGGAUAAUGAUUUCAUCUACCACCAGGUAGUUCCUCCUGAGGCGAGUGUACCUGCCGUGGCCAAGCUACCAGCAGCAAAACCCAUUCCUGUCAGCGAACUCUACGCGGGCCAAGAUAUUCAACGAAUUACGGGGCCCGAUCUCUUUGCAAAGAUAGUCCCGCUUGCCGUCACCGAGUCUGCUAGCCUGUACGACGAAGAGAAGGCGAAACUAGUGAGGGCUGAAACGGAGAGGGUCGACACUGCGAAUAGCGAGAUGGCAGCGAGUUUGGACUACCUCAGACUACCUGGCGCCCUGCAGGUUCUGAAAGGAGGUUUCGACCAAGAGAUUCUUCCCGACGAGGAUUUCCGGACUUGGUGCGUUGACGUUGCCGACCACGAAAAUCCCGCCAAGAUAUUUGAGUUCCUACACGCGCAGAAGCAGUCGAUAGUGGCUAUUCUGGACCGGAGUAGCAAGCAACUCGACAUGGAAGAGAGCGUGUGUGAGAAGAUGAGGUCAAAAUACGAGUCGGAAUGGACCCAACAGCCAAGCUCGCGGCUGACUACAACGCUGAGGGGUGAUAUCAGGAAUUACAGGGAAGCAUUGGAGGAGGCCGCAAGAAGCGACGGCCAACUAGCCACAAAGCUGCGUCAGAACGAACACGAGUUUGAUGAGAUGCGCGCCGCAGCCGAGAGCGGAGAAAUCGAUGCCCUGUUCCAGAGAGCAGUAAGUAGAGGGCGGAAAUCGAGCACUGCCAAUAGCCCUUCCGGGGAGGGCAAUCUGCUGGAUGCCGACUUUGACGACGGCGGGCCAAGCGUUAUGGAGCAGAUUGCGAAGGUGGAGGAUAUACUCAAGAAGUUGAACCUCAUCAAGAGGGAGCGGACCCAGGUGCUCAAGGACCUCAAAGAAAAGGCGCACAACGACGACAUAUCACAAAUCCUCAUUCUUAACAAGAAGUCCAUUGCCAACUACGAGCAACAGCUCUUCCAACAGGAGCUUGAGAAAUAUCGGCCGUACCAGAAUCGACUUGUUCAGGCGACCCACAAGCAGGCUGCCCUGAUGCGAGAGCUAACGGUAGCCUUCAACAGCCUCCUGCAGGAUAAGAGAGUCCGGGCGGAGCAAAGCAAAUACGAGUCUUUCCAACGGCAGCGGGGGGCGGUGAUUGGCAGGUACAAGCGGGCAUACCAAGAGUUUUUGGAUUUGGAAGCCGGGCUGCAGAGCGCAAAGAACUGGUACAAGGAGAUGAAGGAGACGGUGGAGAGCUUGGAGAAGAACGUCGAAACUUUUGUCAACAACCGUCGGGCCGAGGGCGCCCAACUUUUGAAUCAAAUCGAACAGGAUCGGGCGGCGAACAAGAGCGCGCAAGCCGCACUGGAGCAGGAGCGGCUGAGGGGCUUGAUGGAGCGCAUGUCGAUGGAACCGCCGUCGUCUUCACCCAAGCCACCCUCGACACGGCCAACGCCGGCUCCCCUAUCUUUCAGCCCGGCGGCCAUGUACCCCAAGAUGAACCUGGUGGGCCAGUAUCAAGUUCCGAGCUCACCCCCGCCCAACCAAAGUAGCGUACCGCAGUCAUACAUGCAGCAGCCAGGGCAGACAGGGUACAACAACAUGACGUACAAUCCCAGCUCUCUGGGCCGCAUUCCGGGGCCAGCAUCCCCUCCAGCGACGCAGGCAAGCUUCAACAUUGGGCCGAUGCGGGGAGGGCCGGCAUCUCCGCCGCCGACGCAGACUUCGUUUGCAACGCAAGGCCGAUACAGCGGCUAUGGGAAUCACGGCACCCAACAGCAGCAGCCGCCGCCGCAAACGCCCUCGCAGCAGCAGCAACCGCACGGGGCUUACAUACCACCGAACUUUGUGCCCCCACCGCCGCCUCCAGGACCUCCGCCGCUCGGACCCCAGCAAAUGAUACACUAUGGCUCGGAUUACUACACAGGCGAUCCGAACGCGGCAGGGAGGCCAGGGUCGACGCAGCAGUACAUGCAGGCCCAGGCUCCGAGUCAGGAUCCCUGGGCUGGGUUAAGUGCAUGGAAAUGA